UAGUUUGUUUACCAAACAUGAACCAAAAUAAAACAACAUAGCAAAGUCAGAAUCUACAAUAUAAAGGCAAGCACGCCAGAAUCUUCUUAACUUUCCCUCAUCCAUCCUUCUCUGUUUUUUCUCUUCUCCAAAUCCAAUUUUCCUUCCUUUUAAUUUCUUAAAAUCAAAAUUUAUUUAUUUAUUUAUUUAUCCAUUGAUUUUUCAUAUUCUCUAUAUAUUAUUAACAAAUAUUCAUCAGUUUAUUAUAAUUCAUAAAUACCUUUUUAUUUCCCCCUUUGGAUUUCUCAUGUCCCGGUAACUGCCAAAUAAUAUCGCCAUGUUGCCGUUUUUCCGUUAUUCCCUCUUCUUCUUCUACAUUUUUUCCUCUGUUUUUCUCUUCUCCCCUGUUUUUCCCGCCAGAACUUUGCCGGACUUCACCACUCUCGACGCCGAUAACAACUACGGGUGGAGAAACUUUGCUCGUUUUCUCGACGCCGGCAAAGGCACUGAAGUGAACGGCAUGUCGGAACUGAAGAAAUAUUUGAAUCGAUUCGGUUACCUUCCGAUUCCUCCUCAAAACAACUUCUCCGAUUUCUUCGACGAUCAAUUCCUAUCAGCGUUGAUUCUGUAUCAGAAUCGCUUAGGUUUAUCUGUCACUGGAAAACUCGAUUCCGAAACAAUCGCAAGCAUCAUAUCGCCGAGAUGCGGAAUGAGUGACCUAAUUAAAAUCAACAACAACACAACAACAACAACAACAACGAUUCAUUCAACUCGUCGUUACGCUUUCUUCAACGGCCAACCGAGAUGGAUUCGAUCUUCAACUCUAACUUACGCUCUCUCACCUGAUUACACAAUCGAAUACCUAACUCCAUCAGAAAUCCGCAAGGUAAUCCGACGAUCGUUCUCGCGGUGGUCUGCUGUGAUUCCGUUGAACUUCACUGAAUCCUCCGAUUACGAAUCGUCAGAUAUCCGAAUCGGAUUCUUCCGCGGAGAUCACGGUGACGGAGAGGCGUUCGACGGAGUACUAGGCGUUUUGGCGCACGCGUUUUCACCGGAAAACGGAAGGCUACACUUAGAUGCGGCGGAGCGGUGGGCGGUGGAUUUCGAGAAGGAGAAAUCGAAAGUGGCAGUGGAUUUGGAAUCGGUUGUAACGCAUGAGAUUGGGCAUGUUCUUGGACUGGCUCAUUCUACAGUGAAGGAAUCUGUGAUGUAUCCGAGUUUGAGUCCGAGAGGGAAGAAAGUUGAUCUUAGGAUUGAUGAUGUUGAAGGAAUUCAGGUUUUGUAUGGUACAAACCCUAAUUUCAAAUUGAAAUCCUUCUUGGAAUCUGAAAAAUCUAUUGACAGUGGAUCAUCUUCUUCAAAUGAUGCUAAUUUCUUCUUCUUGUUGGUCUUCUACUUGUUGAUUUUGGUUUGGUCUCUGUUUUCCUGAUUUAGGAUUUUUCUUUUUCCUUUCUUCUGCUUAUUUUGUUACAAGUGUAUGUAUUAGAAAGUUACACGAAAAAAGAAAUGAAAAAGGAACAUUCUUUUACUCUAUAAUUGCAUAUACAAACUUUAUGUACA